CCUUCCAACAACCCCUCUCUGUUGUACCAUCUAAACCCAGAAAACAAACCACUGAAACCUAGAUUCAAUUGUUGCCGAGGAAGGGUUUACAAAGAUGCAGUGGGAAGCCGACGAGAAAGAAGUAAAAGCCGCCGGAGCUGAGCUUCUGCCCGACGGCCGAAGAGGUCUCCGCAUUCAUGGCUGGGAGAUCGAGUCAACCAACCGUUCUUGUCUCACUUCUCUCAACCUCCAAUCAUGGGAAGAAAAGCUUGAGACGUCUCACUUGCCAGAAAUGAUAUUCGGUGACAGUACCUUGGUUCUUAAGCAUAUAAGCAGCGGAACCAAAAUUCACUUUAAUGCUUUUGAUGCUUUAGUUGGCUGGAAAAACGAACCCCUGCCGCCAGUUGAAGUUCCCGCAGCCGCCCAGUGGAAAUUUAGAAGCAAACCCUUUGAGCAAAUUAUUCUAGACUAUGAUUACACUUUCACCACGCCUUAUUCUGGCAGUGAAACUGUUGAGACUAGCGGAGGAGUAGACUCUGAGGGAAACAAUCGUUAUAAAUGGGAGGAUUGUGAAGAACAAAUUAAUGUGGCUGCAUUGACAUCAAAAGAGCCUAUUCUCUUCUAUGAUGAGGUGGUUCUGUAUGAAGAUGAGUUGGCUGAUAACGGUGUUUCACUUUUAACUGUGAAAGUGCUAAGAGUUGAUGGCGUUCUUAUGAGAUUAAGGGACACUCGUGUAGUUUGCAAUUUCAGUGAGAAUACAAAGCCUGUUAUCCUUAGAGAUGUCUCCUGGAGAGAAGCUACAUUCAAGGCGCUGGCUUCCAAAGGAUAUCCUUCUGAUUCUGCCUCAUAUAAUGAUCCAAACGUCAUCAGCCAAAGGCUUCCCGUCGUCUUGCAUAAGACCCAGAAGCUGAAAGUCCCUGAUAGUCUUUAAGGUACACUUUAACUCAGUAAUAUCAGGUUUCAGAAGAUUCUGUAACUAAAAUGACUUUUAAAAGAGGCAUGUCUCUUCUCCGAUUAUUGCUUUUCAAUAGCUGCUGUUUCAAAAUGUUUAUAAUUAUGUUGAUGAUAUAUUUUCAGUUGCCUUUUUAUCUAAUGUAUGGAUUGCAUAUUGAACACAACAAGAUGAGAAGGCAAAGACGAGGCAGACUAAAAAAAUCAUAUGUGUUGUUUGCAUGGUCCUUCAUAUAUGAAGUUAGUUGAUUAUUAAUAUAUAUUAUUUAUGUUAUUGUUCUUA